AUGUGCCGACCAGCCACCACCACCACUUCUUCCCCCGCUACCGCUGCUCUUGAGAGCCUAAUCAGCAGUAGCAACAAACGCGUGAAGCGCUCCACUAUGGAUUCGCCCAACGCCUCCUUUACCUUUGACAUGUCUGAGCUUUUCAACUUGGCCACCGAAGACGAAAGCCCCUUGGCUUUUCCUUCGAUCGAGUUUGGCUUGGAUGAUGCCUCUGACGAUGACGACAAGAGUGUCUCCUCUAUCUGUACAAACCUGAGCACCCUGUCUGAUUCUUCCUCCCUUGGAAAGCGCAGCCGCACCGGCGGUAUGACGCGAUCCAAGAAAGCCCGCAGUCUCAACGACUUGAUGGGAUGA